CACAAUAAUUUACGUGUUUAUGAUUCCUGUAUUAAAGCUCAAAAUAUUAGUGGGUUCAGAUUCUCUACGUUGUUUGGUUUAUCAAAUUAAAAUUAAAUACUUGAGAUUUCUUGUGAAGUUUGAAUCACCGAUCAGAAUCUGCUGUACCUGUAAAGUGAUUGUACAGAAGUUCUUAAUAUAGACAUUACAUUUUCACUGAGGCAAUUUGACAUGGGAGUUGUAACUGCUUCUAGCUCAGCUGCUUGUACACCAUUAAGAUUAAGCACACAAUUUUCAAAUUAUAGAUGUACAGCGAAAAGACCAUUGAUUAUAGCAUUUAAAGAAGAUAAACCCAAUAACAUGAUUUUGAUUACUCCUCAUGACCAAAUUCCAUUGCCUAUAGAAGCUCCGAAAAGGAAAAAGAGAUCGAGACGAGCUAAAACCAACAAGGAAGUUACGGGACACACCUUGGAUUUGGAUUACAAUGAAGCUGCUGCCAAGCUUGAGAGCAUUUACAAGCUUAGCCCGACAGCUGAUACUUCUGAUGUAGAUAUUGAGAGCUUGGUCGAGAAAACUCGCCAGAGGAAGAGGAAAUCAGAGAACAAAACUAGCAAAACCGUCGUUAGGAACAGUGUGAAGAAAACCAAACGGUUGAGUCUUGAUAAAAGGAUAGUAUUGAAAAUGAGCAAGGAAGAGGAAUUAGGAAGUCUAAUAAGGAAGAAAACGGAUGCUAAGGAUGAAAACGAGAAGAUUGAGGAACUCGUGAGGACUUAUUCGUCGUCUACUGAUUUGGUUAGCUUGGAUUGGAAAAAAAUGAAGAUUCCACCUGUUCUAUCUUCGAAAGAGCAUGCGUGGUUGUUCAAGUUGAUGCAACCCAUGAAAUCCCUCCUUCAUGUGAAAGAGGAUUUGCAAAAUAAAUUGGGAAGAGAAUCAGCCGAGCGCGAACUAGCUGAGGCAACUAACUCGACUGUGGAGAAAGUAAGAAAACAGUUGGAGGUUGGUCGAGCUGCAAGAAGUAAGCUAAUUAAGCACAAUCUCCGGCUUAUUUUGUUUGUAAUCAAUAAAUAUUUUCAAGACUUCGCAAAUAGCCCGAGGUUUCAAGAUCUUUGCCAAGCAGGAGUGAAAGGGCUUAUCACAGCAAUUGAUCGCUUUGAACCGCAGAGGAGAUUUCGUCUCUCAACAUAUGGUCUAUUUUGGAUUAGGCAUGCCAUAAGAAGAUCAAUGACACUCUCAAGCUUUACACGCGUGUCAUUUGGCCUUGAGUCGGUUAGAACAGACAUUCAAAAAGCAAAACUGGAGUUACUGAUUGAGCUUCAAAGACAACCAACGGAGGAAGAGAUUAUCAAGAGGGUGGGAAUUUCCCCGGAGAGGUAUCGUGAAGUAAUUAGGGCCUCAAAAUCUGUUGGUUCUCUACAUUCAAGGCAUGUGGUUACCCAAGAAGAGUUCAUUAAUAUGAUUACGGACAUUGAUGGAGGUGAUAACGAGAGGCAACAGGCUAUUCUUCGGCUCGCUCUUGAUGAUGUGCUUGAUUCAUUGAAGCCUAAGGAGAGCUUAGUGAUUAGACAGAGAUACGGACUUGACGGAAAAGGUGACAGAACAUUAGGAGAGAUUGCUGGAAACUUAAAUAUCUCCAGAGAAAUGGUUCGGAAAUAUGAAGUCAAGGCGCUCAUGAAGCUGAAGCACCCAGCUCGAGUUGAUUACCUACGUCACUAUGUUGUUUAAACUCAUCGACAUCACAAAAGGUUUGCUUAUAGUAUACUCUUUUCUCCUUCGUAUCCCCGUCCAUAACCCGCCAUUGCUGCAUUAUACUAGACUACUAGUGAACAGUAUUAUAGCCAUUUUUAACCAUGUGAAAAUAGAGAAAUCACUUCCCAUGUAGUAUAUACCUCUAUAGAACUUGAAAUCCGUAGACCAUACAUACAUACAUACAUGUAUUAUUUUUCUUUUCUUUAUAAUCUGAAAUUCUCUCUUUUUACUUAUCUCAUGUAUUCUGAACCAAUUUGGGUACUAAUCUCUCGUAUACGUUGUAAGUAAACUUGCCGAGCGCAAUGUUUUAAGGUUUCAUUUCCUUUUGAUACUUUUGAAAGUAUGAAACUUUAUAUGUAUAUUUCGUAGUUUCUCAUU